AUGGCCGUCCUCUCCGCCAUCCACGGCAUCAGCUCCGUGAUCCUCUCCAACCUCUUCGUCACCCUCCCCCUCCCCCAAGCCCACCCCGACCUCGCCAACCAAACCAUCAUCGUCACCGGCGCCAACACGGGCCUCGGCCUCGAAACAAGCCGCCACCUGCUCCGCCUCGGCGUGCACAAACUGAUCAUGGCGGUCCGCAACCCCGAAAAAGGCGCCGCCGCCCGUGACAACCUCCUGCUCAGCACCUCCCGCCCCGCCUCCACCAUCGAAAUCUGGCCCCUCGACAUGGCCGACCCCACCUCCAUCCUCUCCUUCACCCAGCGCGCCGCGCGCGAACUCCCGCGCCUCGACGGCGUGCUCGCCAACGCCGGCCUCAUGACGCAGCACUUCACCCUGACCGCCCACCACGAACAGACCCUCACCGUCAACGUCCUCCACACCUUCCUCCUCUGCCUCCUCCUCCUGCCCACCAUGCGCGCCAGCACCCGCGAGACCGGCUACCCCUGCCGCUUCGCCAUCCCCAACAGCGGGCUGCACUACGUCGCGCCGCUGGGCGAGCUGGCGACCACCCCCGACGGUGAGUCCCUCCUGCAGCGGCUGGACGACCCCGCGCGCGCCGACAUGGCCGGCCGCUAUCCGCUCAGCAAGGUGCUCGUGCUGUGGGGGGUGCGGGAGCUGGCGGCGCGGCUGGGGGGCGGCGCCGAGAACAAGGGUAAGGAGGGCGGGGUGGAGGUGAUCAUCAACACGCCCAACCCGAGCUAUUGCGUGUCGAGUCUGGGGAAGGAGGGGGACGGGCCCGGGGUGGGGAUGCGCGUGGCCGAGAAGCUGCUGGCGCGUACGACGGAGGAGGGCAGUCGGGCGCUGUUUCAUGGCUUGGUGGCUGGGGUGGAGAGCCAGGGGCAGUAUUUGACGAAUUGUCAUGUGCAAACGUGA